AAAUAUAUAAGCAGUUACCGUCUACUGGAUCGGUUUCUUCAUUAUUCAACCGGAGACGAGAGCCGAAGAGUGUUGAGAGAUUUCUGACCGGAGAGUGUGAGAGAGAUGGUGAGGGGAGAAGUGCUGAGCGCAUACAGGGCUCUGCUGAGAGCCACCAGGAAAUCAUUCGCCGGCGACACAAUGAUGUUGAAUGCCUCCGCAGCCGAGAUUCGGAAAAAAUUCGAGGAGAAUCGUCAGGUCACCUCCGAAGCUGAGAUUCAGAGAUACCUCGAGGAGGCACGCGAGGCUUCCCAUUUCAUUUCCACUAUGAUCGUCCAAGCCAAGCUCAACGACCGUGGCGGCUAUGAAGUGAAACCAGACAAGGUACAUGCUGGAGCAACCCUGGAGGUCCCUUCUGAGGAAAUGCUUCGGAAAUCUGGAUGAAGGGAAGAGAGGACUUCAAGUUCAUUAUGUGCAACAAUCACUAGUGAUGUUGAAUUACUUGAUCUCCAAUAUUCGUAAGUUUUUUCCCGUUAUCAUGGAUGUUAUGUGUUCAUUAUGUGUUCUAAUAAAAAGGUUUAACCUGAAACAUUCACAUUGAGACAAUGCAAAGCAAGGAAAAAGUACACAUGAUCAGGUUUGUUAAAGAUUAUUGUUUAAACGACUCCCUGUAUUAAUAUCAAUG